ACGACAACAGCGCUGGCGGUGGAGACUGUGCGGUGUACAGGACAGCAGAGGACCGCGUUUCCACUGAACUCAACAUCGAGCGAACGCAACGAUCAUCAGUUAUUUAUACCCCAACAAUCAGAUCAAUUCAUAAUUCUUCCUGCUUCUUAUACUUAGAUUUUUAACAGUCAGCUUGAACUAUUUCAUUCUAUCGUUUGUCAUUUUGCACGAGAAGAAAGAGAGCGAUGGCUGAUAGUUUUAACGGACCAGCCUUGGCUCCACCAGCAUCGACUAAGAAUCAAAGCCAAACGUCAAGUCCUACUCUUACUUUGUCCAUCGGAAUUGGCAAUACAUCACCUGUCCCAGGCUUUCCCUCACCAUCAUCGAGCUUUGUUCCUCCACCGGUGGUAACUCCAAUUGAAUUCGCUACUGUAAAAGACAAGCGAAAGGACGAGAAUUCACGAAAGAACUCCAAAACUGGACUUGUGAACGUUGCCACAAAAUCCAAGAGUCAAUUAGAUACCAAACCGAACACUUCUGCAUCUGCAGUUGAUCCAAAUUCCAUAAUCUCACCCACGACACCGACCCCAAAUGGCCUGCAUCGUCAAAGGAGUUUUCCAAAUUCUGAAUCGUUUUCGGAGGUAGCGGCCACAGUUAUCGAAUUACCGACGGAAUUGCCAACUGACGAUGAAACGCACAAUUCCUCAUCGAAUUCGGCGGCGAAAGCUUUCGGUGCGGCAGCUUCACGGGAUACCCAGUCUCCUAUCAUUCCUACACCACCUUUCUCAAAACAAUCCUUGAAUGCAUCUCAUUCUCUACCGAAAACCCCAGUCAGAACACCAUCAAAUCCACCAACUCCAUCUAGUCCUGGUUUCCACUUCCCACCGUCAGCAUCAUCAAGGAAACCGAAUCGGGACUCAACGAUGUCAAAUUUUUCCACCUCAUCCGCAGCAUCUACUCGUUCGACUACUUCCUUAAAAAGCAAUAGACCGGCUCCACCAAGUCCCGCACUGUCCAGACGGACAUCCGGCACUGGUGUCGGUGCUGCCACUUCACCUAUAGCCAAACGGUUUUCUGCUGGACCAGGAGGAAUACCAGCAUUCGGAGUAGUAGAACGAAGUCAUUCUUUACGCACCAGUCCUACGGUUUCCCGCAAUCAUUCCAAUAGUCCCAAAGCAGCUUUACCGAUGAGCUCCCAUCCACAUCGUUUUUCUUCUCCCGCCUUCCGACGUGAUUCAUCGACAAUGUCCGUGCCUGCGCCACUACCGUUAACACCGGUUCCGGGGAGCGCAACUUUACCACCUGCUUCAGCUUCCCUGCUUUCUGGCGAUCUCUCCAGCGCUGGUCUUUCUAGUGCAGGCUUAUCCAGUGCAGCACUUCGGACGGCAACGACCGCGUCGACCGCGCUCACCAAAGGCAAGGGUACAGGUACCGCUUCCCAGAUGCGUAGACCUAUCCGAAUUCGAGAUUACGCCUAUGUCCCUAGAGAAGAUGAAUCUUUGGAUGCAGAUGCACGCCCACUCUGGGAAAACGACCCUCAAUUUCUUGGUUUUGGGGCAGACGGGAAAGGUUUACAUGUACCUACGCCUAAUAGGGUGAAGGUUCUGAACAAAGCUCUUUUGACCGCCACGAACCUGAGUACAAUAUCUUCUAAUCUGAAUACGGCAUAUACUAUGUGGAAAACGUCAUAUAAGAGAGAUCGGAAGGAGAGGAAAGCGGCAGUGAAGCGUCGAGCCAAGGAAACGAAGAGAGAAAGGGCGCAGGCCAGGUAUAGUAUGAACAGUGUCCGGAGUGUGGGUAGCACGAGCAGUACGGCUUCAUCUGUGUCUUCAACUAGUAGUCGAUCGGAGGUGUCUGAAGUGGAUGAAAGGGAAGAUGAUGAUGAGGACGAUGGGAUGGGCGGGUGGGCUGGAUUCAGGUUUGGAUUGGCCAGACUGAGUUGGGGUUUUGGCAACUCUGGUGCUUCUGGUUCGACAGGAACGUCCGUCUCUGCGUCUACGCCCGCCUCUAAAAUUGCCACAAACACCCCAAACGAACCCUCGGCUUCAAAUACUUCCAACAAUUCUAAUUCCGGUCCCAGUUCCAAUGCAUUUCCUUCCCGUUUAGAUCUCGACCGUAACUUCGGUAUCGACGCCACCUCUUCUGAAUCUGGUGAUGAAUCGUCCAAUAAUUCCACUGAUACUGAAGGCGAGCAGUUUCAUGACGCACCCUCCUCCCAUCUCCGGCACGCUGAUCUUGAUUUUGGACUCGACCUAGAAGGCCGUGGGAUUGACUCGCCUUCGCCUCUGGACUAUGAUCGUGUAUAUGGUUACGAUGAAGAUGCUUAUGGCCAAAUACCCAACUCAGCAUUCCCAUCAGCAUCACCGUAUCCUGGCUCGGGUGAUGGCUAUGGAUACGAGGACGACUCGCUCGAUUCGAUUGGAGAAGGGGAACUUAUACCGGGUCAGUACCGCGCUUUGUAUUCCUUCGAGCCUGAAGGUCCUUCAGAAAUGAAGCUGACAGAAGGCGAGAUCGUGAUGGUCGUUGGGCGAGGUGGUGGUGGUGGAUGGGCGGUUGUGGUGGACAAGUACACUGAACAUUCUCCGCGGGAUGUUGAACCUGGUGGUACGACUAAUCCGAAUGUGACAAGCAAGUAUGCUCUUGUCCCCGAGAGCUACUUGGAACUCAUCCAGCCUGAUGAAGUGGCCGAUAGAGAAGUGAAAGAAGAAAAGGGAACGGUGACGACGCCGGAAGUAAGACAGUAG